AUGGAGGACGAAGAUGAAGAUUUCUCACUGUCUGAUCUCCCUGAAGAGAUCCUACUGCUAGUUUUCUCUUUCCUCAAGGUGCAAGAUGUAUUAAGAGUCGGAUGCACAUGUCAUUUGUURCAUGAUUUAACUAGUCAAGAUGUUGUAUGGAGGCCAAGAUUUCGUUGCAAUAAUGACCACUUGUUGUCCUUACCUACGACAAGUCACAGCAAGAUUAAUUCAGCUAAUAAUUCGUACAACAACAACAACCUUCCAGGAGGAAUUUGGAAAAGACUUUAUUUCAAAGCAAGUUUUGCGUUAUCAUUUCGCUUUCGUACUUCAAACGACCACGGCGAAAGACUGUGCGCAGARUUUGUGUCAAAGGCUCAUGGAAAUGGCAUUCAUUUUGAUGAAAAAGCUCCCCAAAAAAUGAGCGUCGAAACAUGGAUAAAACUAGACGAACRCAGACCUGAUGGAAUWAUUGUUGGUUGUCAAAGUGAAUCUGUUAGCUCAAUGCGAUGGCCAACAUACCACUGGCAGAUACUUCAUGUUGGACCYGAUCGCUGUGUACGGGGUUCCUUAGAGCCAUAUAAGUUUAUGAAAGGACCUCAGUCUCUGGACUAUGAAUGGCAUCAUAUUGCAAUCACAGCAUCASAGGACAAGCAGACAUUGUUUAUUGAUGGGGAACCGGUAGAUUCUAUUCAUUUUGGAAUAGGCCAUGAAUAUCACAGGCAUUUUAUGAGGUAUUGUCAACUAGGAAAUGGCGUUAUCAGUCAUGGUGCAAUGACGCCAUGGAAUACUAAUGCUAUGCCUUCUGGGAAAUGUGGCUGGUACCCCUUUCAUGGUCAGGUCAGAGAAGUGAGAAUCUGGUCAGGAGUACUACCUCAUGAAGCUGUGAAACAAAACAUGUAUUGCCAGAGGGUGGACAUGAUGUCAYAUGAACACAACUGCUCUCUGAUUGGCUACUGGCCAAUGAACAGACUAGUCUCAGGCCCUUGGCCAUGGCAAGGCUCACUGGUAUCGUGUACAUCACAYUUAGAGGAACACAAGGAGAAUACCUCACACUUGAGAACAGUUAUUUCUGCUUUACUGUGAAUUUCCUGGACAUUGUUGGAAUAGUAAUCCAGUACCAGAUAUUUUGACAAUAUGUGCACCUUUGGUCUUCAAUGAAUAAUUACAAUCAGAGACUCAAACAAAGCUUUGGUAUAAAAAUAUAUCUCUGGAAUUGAGGGGGUAAAAGACUCAAUUUCUUUUAUUUUUGAUAUAUCAUGAAUUGACAUAUGAUAGGCCUUGGUAUAAUAUGAUUUGGUUAUAGACAAUGGGAGGCAACAUUUAGAUAAUUAGUAAUUGAUAAUAAUUUGAUAUAUUAGAUGUUUUUAUUCUUGUAUUUAUUGUAUAUACGAUCAAGAAUUAAUACAUUGUUACUUGUCAAAAAAUUAAAGCUUUGCCAUAAAUAAUUAUUAUUCAGUUAUGGUUAU